AUGGCGAGACGGUUUACUCAAACUGAAAAAGGGAAGGGAGUGGUACCUCCUACUGAACCACCUCGAGUUGGAAGAGUAAAAGUCCCUGACUUUGACAUCUCAGAGCUGAUGAAGCAACACAAUCUCACCAUAAUCGGAAGACUAACAAACCCGAAGAUCCAACGGUUAUGGUCACUCCUCCCGUUCUUCUCUGAACAUUGGAAGACAAGCUCACCUCCGGUAGGAGCAGAUCUGGGCCAGGGAUCUUUUCAGUUCACCUUUGAAACAAAAGAAGAUAUGGAAAUGGUGCUGGAAAACAGACCUUACCACUACGCACACUGGAUGCUCAUCAUACAGCAGUGGUAA